CUUCUCCUUUUUUUGUUCAUAUUCGUCCUUCUUGAUCAAAGGAUCGUGCUUUUCUUCUAUUUUUCACCUCAUCAUGAACAGGAUGCUAUCAUCAUUCCUUUGUUACUUAUUACUGCUACUAUGUUUUACCUCUUUCGUAUAUGGUGAGAGCAACAGACGCACCACUAGUGGACCAACUCAUACCAUUCGAAAACCGAUCGUUGAUGUAUUAAAGUUUCAAGAGCGGGAUGACGAUUCUUCAGUGAGAGAAGGCGAAACUCCAGAUACGCUUAGCAAGUGGCCCAUGUGCGAUGGACCGUCAUCUUUUGGUUGCCCAGGGUACAAAGACAGCUGCGUCAAGCAUUGUGAAGAGGACCUCAAUUUCAACCAUGGCGUAUGCGUUCCCAUCAUAGCUGGAUACAAGUGCUGCUGCUACUGAAUAAAGAACACAUUCAUAUUCAUCGUAUCUCUAUUCAGUGCCUUUGAUGCCCAAAGGAGGAUGUUUGCGUACAAUGUUAUUAUUACUUGUCAGCGCACCCAUGCAUUAUACAUUAUGAAUAAUUACUCCUCUUGCAGCAAUCUUUGGCCGUUAGCUUAGUAGUGUUACUGUACUGUCUACAACAGCAAUUGUAUCGGCAUAUAUAAAUCAAGCAGCGCAUCGCAUAAACUAAACACUGAUGAAAUGAUAUACGCCGGCAAAGCAACAGUAAAAGGGAAAUAGAC